CAGACUAAGGACAGCAGCAGCAUGGGACCAACCAAUAAAUCCCAUGUCUCUCCCAGCACCUUCAUGCUGAUGGGCAUCCCAGGCCUGGAGCACAUGCACGUCUGGAUUGGGAUUCCCUUCUGCUCCAUGUACGUGGUGGCUGUGGUGGGCAACGUGACCAUCCUGGCCGUGGUGAGAGCAGAACGCAGCCUCCACGAGCCCAUGUUCCUCUUUCUGUGCAUGCUGUCUGUCACUGACCUGGUCCUCUCCACGUCUACACUGCCGCGCAUGCUCUGUCUCUUCUGGCUGGGAGCCCAUGACAUCUCCUUUGAGGCUUGCCUAGUGCAGAUGUUCUUCAUCCACAGCUUCACUGCCAUGGAAUCAGGCUUCUUCUUGGCCAUGGCCAUUGACCGCUAUGUGGCCAUCUGUGACCCACUGCGCCAUGCCACAAUUCUCACGCACAGUCGCAUUGCCAAAAUGGGAGCUGCUGUGGUCCUGAGGGGAGUAGCCUUCUUCUCCCCACACCCCAUCCUGCUCGAGCAGCUUCCCUACUGCAAAACUCACAUCAUUGCACACACCUACUGUGAGUUCAUGGCUGUGGUGAAGCUGGCUUGUGUCGACACUGGAGCCACCAAGCGUUACAGCCUCAGCGUGGCCUCUGUCAUUGGUUCCUGUGAUGGGUUUUUCAUUGCUCUGUCUUAUGUUCUCAUCCUCAGAGCAGUCUUCCAUCUACCAUCUAGGGAAGCAAGUCUUAAAGCCCUAGGCACCUGUGGCUCCCACGUGUGUGUCAUCCUUGUUUUCUAUUCCACGGCAGUCUUUACCUUCCUGACUCACCGCUUUGGCCACAAUGUGGCCCCCCAAGUUCAUAUCCUAAUAGCCAAUAUGUACCUCCUGGUACCUCCCUUUCUUAACCCAAUUGUUUAUGGUAUUAGGACCAAGAAAAUUCGAGACUGUGUUCUUAAUUUUCUGAAAAUAAAAAUUGCUUGAUGCUUCUGAAAUUGUCUGUAG